AUGACUUCUCCUUUGACGAGACCCGAGUCUAACUCUAGAUUCCAAACAAACAUAAACCAAGAUUCAAAAGCUCCAAAUGAAAACUUAGCUAAUGGUGGUAACUUAGAUUCCUCAUCUUCUUCGACAGGAUCCAUCAUGGAGGAUGAAAAGAGAUCCAAUUCAAAUGCAGACUCGAGCAGUACUACAAAUAGUGAGCCAAUCGACUCAAGAAAUCUCGAUUGGGAUGGGCCCGAUGAUCCAGACAACCCACACAAUUGGCCUUCAUGGAAGAAAUGGUACGCUACUAUGACUUCUGCAUUCCUUUGUUUGGUCGUCACAAUGGGUAGCUCCCUUUAUGUAUCAUCUGUACCGGAGUUGGUGGCAAAAUACCACGUCAACCAGACGCUGGCUCUUGCUGGGUUGACCUUCUAUCUUCUGGGUUUAUCGACUGUCAUUGGUGCUCCAUUAAGUGAAGUGUUUGGUCGUAAACCAAUCUAUUUGUUUUCCUUGCCUAUCUCAAUGCUUUUCACUAUGGGUGUUGGUUUGUCCAACGGCCAUAUGAGGAUUAUCCUGCCCUUGAGGUUUUUAUCUGGUGUGUUUGCAUCCCCAGCCUUAUCCGUUGGAUCAGGUACCAUUCUGGAUAUUUUUGACGUAGAUCAAGUCUCUGUUGCAAUGACAUAUUUUGUUUUAUCUCCAUUUCUAGGGCCUGUUUUAUCACCUAUUAUGGCAGGGUUUGCCACUCAAGCCAAAGGCUGGCGUUGGUCUGAAUGGAUCCAACUGAUUGCUGGUGGGUUAAUAUUACCUUUUAUUGCUCUAAUGCCCGAGACCCAUAAAGGUAUUAUUCUAAGAAAGCGUGCCAAAAAGAGAAAUAUGGUUCUGAAGAAAUUUAGUAGGGAGGAUCAAAAGGAAUUCAUGAAAACUACCGUGACUGUUACAAUCUUAAGACCAUUAAAAAUGCUUGUAGUUGAACCAAUUGUUUUUGUUUUCAGUGUUUAUGUCGCUUUCAUCUUUGCCAUCUUAUUUGGAUUUUUUGAAGCAUACGCCGUUAUUUAUCGUGGUGUUUACCAUAUGAGUAUGGGCGUAUCUGGGUUACCAUUUAUUGGUAUUGGUGUCGGUUUAUGGAUAGCUGCUUUCUUCUACCUUUAUCUCGAUAGAAAAUAUCUUUUCCCUAAAGCACCUGCUGGUACACCUCCACUGAGUGAAGAUGAGAGAACCUCUAAGAGAACUGCUCCUUACAGAGGCGCAAGAGAUCCAAACACUGGUAAGCUGUUGCCAGUAGUUCCAGAAAAGUUCCUAAUUGCUUGUAAAUUUGGUUCGGUAGCAUUACCUAUUGGUUUAUUUUGGCAAGCAUGGACUGCUAGACCAGAUGUGCAUUGGAUGGCCCCGGUAGCUGCCGGUGUGCCUUUUGGCUUUGGUUUGAUUUUGAUUUUUUUCAGUGUUUUGAUGUAUUUCUCCACAUGUUAUCCACCAUUAACCGUUGCAUCUUGUUUGGCUGCAAACAAUUUAUUAAGAUACGUUAUGAGUAGUGUUUUCCCAUUAUUUACAAUCCAAAUGUACACUAAAAUGAAAAUCAAGUGGGCAAGCACUUUAUUUGCCUUACUUUGUGUUGUAAUGAUUCCAAUCCCAUGGGUUUUCGAGAAAUGGGGGAGUAAGUUAAGACACAAGUCACAGUUUGGUUAUGCUGCUAUGCAAAAAGAAGCUGAGACCGAAGGUGAUAUCGAUGAACUGAAUACUGCAGAUGGUGAAUUAAAUCUAACAAGAAUGGCCACGCUGAGGACCAUGGAAACGGACCCUUCGACUAGAGAGAAAGCGGGCGAAAGACUAUCGUUGCGCAGAACUCAUACACAGCCGCUUCCUGCCUUUUUUGAUCACGAGGGCGGGCAACAGCAACAAAAUCAUAAUGAGCCCAUUUCCAACAGUUUAUACUCAGCUGUCAAAGAUACCGAAGAUGGUUACUCAUAUUCGGGAAUGGUCGCUGAUACUUCCGCUAGAAUUGUUUGA